CUACCAGUAAUACUGACCCAUCAGUUCAAUGUCUUAGACUUCAUCUUGUCAUGUUUACUGGCUCCUCUCUCUCUCGCGCUCUCAGCUGGAACAUUUGACAGAACAGAGAAGAAAGGUGAUGGAAACCUCGAAGACUGACUCACUCCUCAUACUCCACAAUGCUCUGAUCGUCACUAUGGAUACCGAAAGCCGCGUCUUCCGAAACGGCGCAAUCGCCAUCGAAAACGAUACGAUCAAAGCCAUCGGUCAAUCCUCCGACAUCCUCAACCAAUUUUCUCCUCUUGCUCACCAAAUCAUCGACCUCCGCGGUCAAUUCCUCCUCCCUGGUUUUAUCAACACGCACGUUCACACUUCUCAACAACUCGCCAGAGGCAUAGCGGAUGACGUUGAUUUGAUCACUUGGUUACACGAUCGUAUUUGGCCUUAUGAGUCCAAUAUGACGGAGGAAGAUUCAUAUAUUUCCACUUUACUUUGUGGAAUUGAGCUCAUUCACUCCGGGGUGACCUGUUUUGCGGAAGCAGGAGGACAGCAUGUGUCAGGAAUGGCGAGGGCAGUGGAGUUACUAGGCUUGCGAGCGUGUUUGACGCAGUCAACUAUGGAUGCUGGUGAAGGUUUGCCUCCUUCUUGGGGCAUUAGGACUACGGAGGAAUGUAUUCAGUUGCAAAAGGAACUGUACCAGAAGCACAAUGAUAAAGCAGAUGGGCGCAUCAAAAUUUGGCUUGGAAUAAGGCAAAUUAUGAAUUCAACCAAUCGUUUACUUCUUGAAACAAGGGACACAGCAAAAGAACUUAAAACUGGAAUCCACAUGCAUGUUGCAGAGAUACCUUAUGAGAAUCAACUCGUGGUGAACACUCGAAAAGUUGAUCAUGGAACGGUUACCUAUCUCGAGAGGAUCGAUUUCCUACAAAGCAAUUUGGUGGCAGCUCAUACAGUUUGGGUCAAUGAAAAUGAGAUUGGUUUUCUCGCAAGGGCUGGUGUUAAAGUGUCUCACUGUCCUGCUGCUGCCAUGCGUAUGCUUGGAUUUGCACCAAUUAAGGAAAUGCUUGAUGGUGGUGUUUGUGUCUCUCUGGGAACAGAUGGGGCACCGUCGAAUAAUAGAAUGAGCAUUGUUGAUGAUAUGUACCUUGCUUCCCUGAUCAACAAAGGCCGAGAAGUUUAUGCAAAAGGAACCACAGAUCCUACAGCUCUUCCUGCUGAAACAAUUCUUAAAAUGGUGACAAUAAAUGGUGCAGAAACUGUACUCUGGGACCAUGAAAUAGGAUCACUUGAGGUUGGGAAAAAGGCUGACAUGAUAGUAGUCAAUCCUUUCUCUUGGCCUAUGGUUCCUGUGCAUGAUUGCAUUUCCAGCCUUGUAUAUUGCAUGCGAACUGAAAAUAUUGUCUCUGUUAUGUGCAAUGGUCGCUGGAUUAUGAAGGAUCAGAAGGUCGUUAAUGUAGAUGAGGGCGAAGUUAUUUCAAUGGCAAUGCGUGCUUCUAAAGAACUUUUGGGGAGGGCUGGCAUUCAGAUUCCAACCAGAAUGAAGAUGCUCUAAUUGUUCUUUACCCCAAAUAAGCCAUUCUCUUUGUUGUGUGGGCGUGACUGUAUGUAAUGUUCAUAUGCUUUAAACUUAACCAAACCUUCCUCAGAUGUUGCACUUGUACACUCUGUAUAGUUUACUUUUCUAGUUCAUCUAAAUUUCGUGUGCUGUUUUGGGGUUGGAACCCUUAAGCCUUUGCAUUAGAUUAUUUUGAUUCAAUUACUGGUGACUGGUUGAGAUCAAAAUCUUAUGAUUUUCCCGUGGAAACAACAAGAAAAAAGG